AUGAGAAGCAACAGAGGAGGAAGAGGUUCUUCUUCAAGAUCAUCGAAUCCUCAGCAGUCUUCUUCCAGUAACACUUCCCAAAAUGGAGGAAGCAAUAAUGACUGGAAGUACGUCCAAUACAAGAGAGGAGCGUACUCCAAUCAUCAUCAAGGAAGACCAAAUAAUGGACGAAAAACAAUUACCAUUAAAACCGAACGCAAAUCAACCAGUUUUUCCAUCCGAUGCGAAAAAUUAAAUUUUGGAGUAUGGAACAAAAACCCUUUAUCAUGCGGAAAUUGCUCAGACUUGGAAUUUAUUGCAUAUGACCAAAAACUACAACGGAAACCAAUCCGAUUAGAAAUUAAUACUUUUUAUCAAUGUUUACAAAUUGUGAUUUUUACUCAUCAUGAAAAAUUGCGCGACAACAAAAUCAAGCAGACAAAAUAUGUCAAGAUGUCUUUUCCAUUUUCUGGAAUUUCUCGAGAAAAAUCGAUUUCAUUCUUCCAUAUGAAUGGUAGAACAUAUAUUUGCGUUCAUUCAAAGCUUUCUCCCACGUUAACGGAUCACUCUAUUAGUGCGUCACCACUUCGAACUACACCCAAUUCAAAUGUUUCCAAUAGAAGUGUCAGUAGAAUAUGUGUAGAUCCAUAUUUGAAAAAUGAAAUGUUUUACAGAGUUGGAAAAGCAUUUUGUUUUUUAAUGGAAAUAGACAAGAAAGACCAAGGGUACGUUUUUUGUAGGCAAGCGUUGUGUGUUACUAAUGAAAAGUGUAGAUUUAAUAUUUUUACAGAAAAAAUCAAAGAAUAUGGAUUAAUUGCAGAGUACAAAGAGACAAAUAUCCCUGUUUUCAAGAUAGUGCAGUUCCAAAAAGAUCAUACUUUCAAGGAAAUUAGAGAGCAAAAAAAGAAACUUGAUUUUAGUAUUAGAUAUUAUUUGAAAUCACUAGAAUCUCAUGGAAUAUUUCAUUGUUGUAAUUACAACCAAGAGUUUUUCAACUUAUUGACUAAUAACACUCAACAAGUGUUAUGUGCUUUAGAACGUAUCUACUACGACCGAUUUUCUGAAACAAUUCCAAGAAUUUAUAAUUGUCACGAUCAUCUCUCUGAACAGAUCUCAAUGCCUACAAGAUCGAGCGCUGGUCGUACCCACCUCACUUUCAAUUUAGAAUCGAAAGAAGUCUGCUUAAUGCGAAAGAUUCUUGUUACUCCAGCUAAAGUAUACUAUUUGCUCCCUGAACUUGACACUACAAAUCGAGUGAUACGACAUUUUUGGGAAAAUCGUGACUGUUUCUUUAGAGUUGCAUUUCUUGACGACGAUUUCACAAAGCUGUUUUCAGCCAAGUUUAAACAUCUCAGCUCAAGAUUACAAAAGUUUUUGGAAAGAGGUUUGCCACUUUGUGGAUAUGAUUUAAAAUUUUUAGGCUUUUCAUCAUCUCAGCUAAGAUCAGCAUCCACUUGGUUCUAUUUACAAAAGAACCCAAAACCUUCCACGAAAGAUAUUCGAGAGUAUAUGGGAGAUUUCUCAAGCAUCAAAAAUGCUGCAAAAUGUGCUGCGAGAAUAGGACAAAGUUUUAGUGCCACCUAUCCAUCUUUUGUGGUAGAAGAAAAAGAAUAUACAAUGAUUGAGGACAUUUCUGCUGGAAAGUACAUAUUCAGUGAUGGCAUUGGGAAAAUAUCUAGAGAGUUUGCCGAUAAGAUUCACACAAUUCGGAAAACUACCGAAAAUUGCCCUUCAGCCUUUCAGAUACGGUUUGCUGGCUUUAAGGGAGUUUUGUCUGUAGAUCCAACAAUGACCAAUCAUCAUUUAGUUUUACGUAAAAGUCAGCUCAAGUUUCCAUCUCUGCAAAGGAACUUGGAAAUAGUUCAAGAGGCGAAACGCAACAUGGGUUAUUUAAAUCGACAGUUCAUUACCAUUCUUUCUGCUUUAGGUAUUCAUGAUGAUGUAUUUUUGACCUACCAAAGAAAUAUGCUAAAAAGAAUCAAUGCUCUCGACAACGAUCCACGAGAAGCUCAUGCAUUGGUGUCGCUUAGUCAUUCCCAUCUCAAGUCAUACAUUUGUACUUGUUUGAAAAAUGGCAUAUCUACACAAGAACCUUUUCUUCAGCAGCUUCUCUAUUGUUUCAGACAUAGAGCUAUCAAAGAACUAGAGACAAAAUCAAAGAUUUACGUUGAAAAAUCAGCUUGUCUAGUGGGUGUAAUGGACGAGUAUGGAGUGUUGGAAGAAGAUGAAAUAUUUGUGAAUCUUUCAGGGAGUUAUGGCAACCCACAUUACGGCGUUGUGAAAGGAACUUGUAUCGUCUCUAAGAAUCCGUGCUUUCAUCCUGGUGAUAUUCGGAAAGUUGAAGCUGUUGAUCAUCCUGAGCUUUAUCAUCUUCAUGACGUGAUAGUAUUUCCGCAGAAAGGACAAAGACCCCUUCCAAGUAUGAUCACUGGUUCAGAUCUGGAUGGAGAUGUUUUUUUCGUGAGUUGGGAGCCAGAUUUGAUAUUUCCAAAGCCAAAUCAAGCACCAAUGUGCUUUGAAAAAGAGAAUGAAGAAGAAGGAGAAGAAGAAGUGACAGAGGACAGAAUUAUUUCCUUCUUAAUUGAGUACUUCACGAGAGAUACCUUAGGAAUAAUUGCCAACCUCCACUUAGCUCAAUCAGAUUUUCAAGAGGACUCAAUAUUUUCAGAACCAUGUCAAAGAUUAUGUGCAUUGCAUUCUAUAGCUGUUGAUAGUGCAAAGACAGGGAAAUUUGCAGACAUUGAUCCAGACCUAAGUAUACCUGCAUAUCCUCACUUUAUGCAAAAUGCAACCAAAAAGCGUUAUGAAUCUAAGAAAAUUUUGGGAAGGCUCUAUAAUGAUUUGAAAGAGAAAAUCAAAGCAACCAAAGAGAUCAAACCAGAGUUGAAUUAUUCAAAUGUUUAUAAUCCUAACUUUUGUUUUGAUGGGUUCGAAGUGUUUGUUGAUAGAGCGUUGCAACUCUACAAUGAAUAUGCGUUCUUAAUAACAAGUGAUUUGAAAAAGUUUGGAGUGGAAUCAGAGGCGCAACUAAUUUCUGGUUGGAUUAUUGGGCAGGUGAAAACCUAUGGCAGCAAACAACGAGAUGUUGAGGAGUCUAUUUCAAGGAAUGUUGCAUUUUACUUUAAACAUUUCAGAAAGCAGUUCGAUUUAAUGGUAGCGGAAGAAAAAAACGAUCCCAAAGCUAAAUACAAAAUUGCAAGCGCAUGGUAUUUUGUGGCUUACAAAAAGAGUGAUUCGAAACUAUUCAGUUUUGCAUGGAUUAAUUUUAUGGAGCUUGUGGAGAUUUUUAACAUGAAGAAAAACCAAAAAGUUGUAGGCGAGCAAUGGGAGGAUAGUGAUGAUGAGGAUAGCGUAGAAUAUGCCGAUGAUGUGUUGGAUAUGUUUUGUGACGAUGAUUUUACCUCAGAUAUUACAGACUGUACUUCUGACGUGGGAGACUUCUCUCAGCAAAGUCAAAGCACCGACACAUCAGAAUGCUCUCCGACAACUUGUUGGGGAGAUCCUAUAGAUCCAACUGAGUUUUACAAGUGA